AAAUUGUUGUUGCUGAUCACGACCUUUUAGAAAAGCUGUUGAGAUCUCCCUAUGCAUUGAUGCUAAUGCUGCCCAAGUUAUAGUAGCUGCAUGGUACUAGUAGCUGUCUCCAUGUCGAACCUCUUUGUGGACUGUUUGACUGCAUGAAUGAUCUUGAAGCAUCUAGGUUAAGUUGAGGUGCCAUCACCACAAUUAGAAACUGGCCAUGGCUCCAACUUCCACUCCCACGGCUGCCGUGGCUGAUGAGAUACAGCACACGGAGGAAUCGUCCGCCAUAGAAGUAGUCCCUUCGGAACCAAUUCAGAUAGUGACAUGGUACAUGGGGGAUGCUCUCGGUUUCAACACUUUGGUCAACCUACUGACGACUCAUCCCUUGUACGAGACCAGUGUGCGCAAACUGGAAAUGGUCUCUCCCACAAAUCAAGUGAGUGAUGACACGGUGGAGGAUCUAUUAGAUUGGAUCGAGACUUCUGAGUCUCUGCACGAAAUUAUCAUUUUCCUCGUCAAGGAACUGUCGGAUCGGGAGAUGGACCUGAUGGAACGGAUUGAAGAGGUCAGCCACAACAAUUGCCGCUAUGGUGCUACCAUCAAGAUACUGGCCGCCAAUUCGAGUCAGGUCGACUUGCUCUGUGACAGCCUCAGUCCCUUGGAGUCAUCCACUUCCAGUCGGCGGCAUUUGGCCAUGGAUGGCAAGCUACUUGCAGCGGCAUCCCCACAGGAAUUGCAACAACUCGCCUUUGACAUUUCCUGGGAUAGAUCCAUUCAUGUACUAUUACUCAAAGACAUGCCAGACAACUGCCUGACGGCCAUUCUCCCCAAACUGGUCUAUGGCCCCUUACACACACUCAAAAUAACAUUUGAUCCCGAGUCGGGAGAACGGCGUCUCCAAGAUGCCAAACCAAUGGCGACACGGGCGGUCAAAGACAUUCUCAAAGCUUCGCGGUUGAAAACUCUGCAACGACUCUACUUGGGGCAUGUGCGAUUUGACGCCCAAAAUACAACUCCUCUCGUGGAGGGCUGUCUACAGUCCAAAACGUUGCAACAACUGGAAUUGUGCCUCUGCCAAUUCGAGUCGGGAACGGGACAUUUGUGGCAACCACUGGUGGACAAUUCUAACAACAAUGCGGCGGGCAAAGCUGCGGCGUCGUUGCGUCAAGUUCAAUUCUACUAUCCAAUCAUUACGAACAACAAAACGCAAGGGGGGAAUAAAUAAUAAUCAGAAGAGGGCACUCACCGUAGUUACAUGUAAUUGAAAAGGAUGCUUUGGACAGCAGCGGCAAAGCAUGACGCCUCAGUCAGCAAGCAACACACCAAAUCGGAACGAACACGCUGCGAAGGAUCUUUCCUCCGUCACUGUCACCAUUGAUACUGCCACAAAAUGUCAUUGGCCUCUUGCAGAAUCUUCUGUGCUACUUCGGGGUGCUUGGUGAGCUCGAACUUUGUCCACGAGAGAGCCAUAGCUGUGUAGUGUCACAACCCGCCACCAUCGCAUUCAUGAUGACAUCAAGUCCGGGUCCAAAAUGGGGCCAUCGUGGCUGGUACAAUGGCAUAGUCCAGAAAUAGACUGAGAAUGUCUGGUGCAAGUAAUAAGUAUGUUACAUCCGCAAUCAGGCAUGUACUUGGAGAGAACAAAGACAUGUAACUGUUAUAGUGCUGUAGUAUAGUAGCUAUAAAUCCUUUGUCACACAUGAAA